GGGAAGACCUCGAAAAUAUUUGUUUCAAGCGAGCGGUCACAUGUGUGCUUGUUCUGUAAGAAGCCGCAAAAAAAGGUCAGAAGACACCAAACCAGAAAGCACAAAAAUGAAUCAGAAGUGUCGAAAGCAAUGGCCAUGGAAACUGCCCAGGAGCAAGAUUUAGCAUUUGAGAGGCUUCGCCUCUUAGGUGAUUACCAACACAACUGCGACGUAUUGGCCCUGGGCGAGGGAGAAUUAAUCGUGGUGCGAAUGCCGAAAAACGUAGAAGAAGGGAUUGCGGCUAACUACUUGCCUUGCCCUAGUUGUAUGGGUUUUUUUAUGGGGUCAGAGCUCUGGAGGCACCGACAAAAUUGUCCCCAUCGGUCCCAAGAGACUCCCCCAAAAUGGUCGAGGGUACAGCAAGAAGCUAAGCUUCUAUUACCAACAACUGUAUUGUCCACCAAAGAUGUGAAAAAGAGCUUCCAUGAUAACGUUCUUUCCUCUAUGAACAACGACGAAAUAUCAGCCAUUGCCAGAAAAGACGCCCUAAUUGUUAACUUUGGCGCCGCUAUCUUUGAAAAAGUCGGGACAAAAAGCAUAAAUUAUGUUUCCCAAAGAAUGCGCCAGUUAGCCAGGCUCCUCCAAACGUUACGGAAAGAAAACGAGGCUGCCAAUUUCGAUGACUUCAUAGACACUGCACGAUUUGACGAGCUAGUUGCUGCAGUGAAAGAUCUGUGUGGAUUCAAGGAAGAAUCUCGGUUGGAAAUAGAUGUCCCCUCACUGGCCUUAAAGCUUGGGCACAGCAUCAAACAGUGUGCGCAAGUUCUUAAAUCAUCAGCGCUGAGGAAAAAAGAUGAGGCAGCGAUAAGAGAAUGCCAGAACUUCAUUGAUCUCUUUGAGGCGGAGUGGAGCAUCAAGAUUAGCUCUCGGUCCCUCGCCUCACUGGGGUCAAAGAAGCAAAACAAAGUAGAAAUUCUGCCACUAGCUGGAGACCUAAUGUUGCUUAAAAAUCACCUCGAAAAAAAGAUGGCAGAUCUUUCAGAGAUUUUGAAGGAAGGGGAAGAGACACAAACCGCGGCCGGCCACUGGAGCAGCUUGGCCAAGACGACUCUGGCAAGAAUAAUCAUCUUUAACAAAAGAAGAUCAGGGGGGACUGCGACCCUACAAAUAGGGCAAUUUCAGUGUCGCCCAAAUUGGGCCAGCUGCAGCACUGCUUUAAAGGCAUCGUUGACAGCCUUGGAAAAGCGUCUUUGUGAGAGGUAAGAUGUGAGUCAGUAAAAUCGUAUAUUAGAGCAAGGGAAGAUAUAUGGAAAGUCCGCGUUUUACGCCUACUCCAUAUUUUAUACUUAGUUCGCAGUCUCGCGGGGUUUUAUUUUCGCCAUGUCAGUAGGCGAAGAUGAAUACAAAGGGCAUUAAAUUUCGCGAUCAAAGUGCUCGAACUUUUCAUAACUAAUAAGGCAGAUCUAAUGGAGCUCUGGCUGUUUUUACAACAGUUUUUAUACUAGAAACGCGGACGAAAAAUAUAAAAACAUUCCAAGCUCAAAAGGAACAACAAAAUGUAACCGUUUCACCCAUCCGGAUUUAUCAUACACUGUGAUGCUAUAAAGUGUUAGUACUUGUUUUAACAUUGAAUCCUUAGGCUCGAUCUAAUAGAAAUCACGGGCAAGCGAGGGAGGACGGUCCCAAUCAUACUGACACCUGACACAAGGGCAGCGGUAGAGCUGUUGAUAGAAAGAAGACCACCAGUUAUUCCCAAGUCAAACAAGUACGUUUUUGCAAGAGCUACCAAAGGCUCUUUGGGUCAUCUUCGUGGCUGGGACUGCGUCUCAGCCAGCGUUAAGGAGGUAAAGGAAAUACAGAAGCCAGAGGCAAUUACCAGCACAAAGCUGCGAAAAUACAUUGCGACCGUGUCACAAACUGCGGCAUUGACGGAAGUAGACGUAGACUGGCUCGCACGCCACCUUGGACACGAUAUUAGAGUCCAUCGUCAGUUUUAUCGCCUUCACGAAUCUACAGCAGAGUUAGCUAAGGUCAGCAAACUCCUUUUGGCAGUUGACGCGGGUAAUAUCGAACAGGUGCAAGGAAAGAGUCUUCUGGAUAUGUCAGUCGAAGGUAUGUAA